AUGCCGGACCAGAACUCCUUCAGUCUUUUCUCCCUACUGCCUACCGAGUUGAGACUUCAAAUAUGGCAACAUACCUGUCACCCCAGAGUCGUCCAAGUUGUAUACGACAGUCACCAAGAUCAAUGCUUUUCAUCAACAGCACCUCCGCCUACCCUCCAUGUCUGUCACGAAGCUCGAUCCGAGGCCUUAAGAGUGUAUAAGAGAUCUUUCGGUACAAAAUCCCAUGAGCCCAGGAUAUACUUCUGCCCUGACUUGGACAUUCUCUAUCUACCACGACCACCCUACAUGGGUUAUGAUGACGCCUCACGACAUUUCACCGAUCUUGUUCUGAAUACUGAUGAUACCGUCAACCUCGCAAUCGACUAUGUCAAACCUGCUAUCAGACGACCAUGGGAGACCUACAACAAAUACACCUUGAUGCACAGCUUUCCCAAAGUGAAGGAAGUCGACUUGGUACUGGACACCGAUAAACCGGCAGAAGAUGACCACGAGGAACUAGGACUAGCUGAUCCGACAGGUGACAUAUCAACCCUAUGCCGUCUGCUUUCUGAUAUAAAGGAGUCCUUCUUCUACGAGCUUGGAGCCAAGUACACCUUCGGCGACACAAAGGAAGAGGUUCGCGAGAAACCCGUUUUACCACCGCUAGUCUUAAAGGCAAAGGUUGUGUCUUGA